CAUGCAGUGGAAGAUUCUAUAUCUUGAGAACAGACAGGGAAACAGUCCAGUACACAGCUUCUGAACUUAUUUUCCCACAGAAUAUCUCUCAAAAGUAGUUGACCUUCUCUUUUCCUUCUUCUUUGAGAAGAUGAUCGAAACAAUUCUGUUCAGGAUUGCAGGAGACCUUUCGGGAAAGAUCGGCUCCCGUGCACUGCGACGAGUUUUUCUGGCAUGGGGUCUUGCGAGCGAUCUAAAAAGGCUUGAAGAGAACUUGUCAACCAUUAAAGCUGUACUGUUGGAUGCUGAAGAGAAGAAGACACUGAACCAUGAAUUGCGCCUCUGGCUUGGAAGGCUGAAAGAUGUUUGUUAUGAUGCUCAAGACAUUCUCGAUGAGUUGGAAUAUGAAGUCCUGCGCAAACAGGUGCUGAAACAGUAUGGUAGUACCAAAUCCAAGGUACGUCGCUUCUUUUCAGCCUCAAAUCAACCCCUAUUACGUCUCAAGAUGAGUCUUAAGAUUAAGAAGCUUAGAGAAAGGCUAGAUGAAAUAGCUGCUCAGAAAUCUAAAUUCCAUCUCACUGAGCUAGUUGACUAUAGAUCGGUGGUGCCCAGAGAGACUGACUCCCUUGUACAUUCAACGGGAGUUAUUGGAAGGCAAAAGGAUAAGGAAAUAAUAGUGACUUCUUUCUUGCAAGCAGAUGGUAAAGGCAUGGGUGGGGCUAUCUCUGUUCUUCCUAUAGUGGGAAUGGGAGGAAUGGGAAAAACAACCUUUGCUAAAAUUUUGUACAAUGAUGAAAGGGUAGAAGAAUAUUUCCAACUGAGGAUAUGGGUGUGGGUGUCUGAGAAAUUUGACAAGAAACAAAUCUUGGUUAAAAUGAUCAAGUCCUUGACCAAUCAAAACUGCAAUGACUUGGAUCAAGACCAACUACAAAUUUGUGUUCGAGAAAAUUUGAAGUCGAAGAGAUUCUUACUUGUUUUGGAUGAUAUGUGGUGUGAUGAUCGUGCUAAAUGGAUUGAAUUGGUAGAUGUUUUAGAAGGAGGUGCUGACAGAAGUAGAGUUAUUGUAACCACACGUAGUAACUCAGUUGCAAAAAUUGUCGGUACUGUUCCCACAUACAACUUGAGAGGUCUUCCUGAUCAAGAUUGUGUGUCGUUGUUUAAAAAAUGGGCAUUUAAAGAAGGAGAGGGAGAGUACAGCCCAAAGCUCAUGGAAAUUGGAAAUGACAUUGUGAAAAAAUGCAGAGGACUUCCCUUGGCUAUAAAAACAUUGGGGAGCUUACUCUAUUCAAAAAAUGAUGAGCAUUAUUGGGAGUUCAUAAGAGAUAACGAGAUAUGGAAAUUAGAACAAAAAGAGACGGAUAUCUUACCUGCAUUAAGAAUAAGUUAUGAUGAGAUGCCAUCUUACUUAAAACCUUGUUUUGCAUUUUGCUCUCUGUCUCGCAAAGGUUAUUUGCACAAUAGUGAUUGGUUAGCUCUAGUUUGGAUGGCACAAGGAUUUCUUCAACCUGCAGAUGGAAAUCAAGACCCUGAAGAUAUUGCAAUGCAAUAUAUCAAGGAGAUGCAUUCCAGAUCACUUUUGCAAGAUUUUUAUGAUCAUAGUAGCUUUGUCACCUUUAAAAUGCAUGAUUUAAUGCAUGACCUAGCCUCAUCAGCAGGGCAAACUGAGUGUGCAGUUGUAAAUUAUGAACAGAAAAGCAUACCUAAAGGACUUCGACAUUUAGCACUCUCUAACCGUUACUUGAUUGACAAAGAGGAUCCGACUUUUCUACAAGACUUGAACAGUUUGCAGACCAUGAUUUUCAAUUUCAAAGCACAAGGGCCUAUUCUUGAGUCCUUUUUUAAUAGGUUUAUCUCCACAUGUAGGCAUUUAAGGGUGUUGCAAUUCAAAGAUUCUUCUUUUGAGGUGUUGCCAAGUUCAAUUGGGGAUCUUAAGCAUUUGAGAGUUCUCAACUUAUCAGGAAAUCGUAAAAUUAAGAAGUUGCCUGAUUCAAUCUGCAAACUACACAAUCUGUUAUAUCUAUCCGUGUACAGAUGUACCGAACUUGAAGAGUUGCCCAGAGACAUAAGGAACAUGGUCAGAUUGAGAUGUCUAUUUGUGACAAUAAAGCAGAACCGUUUAGCUAAUGAUGGAAUCGGGUGCCUGAAGUCUCUUCGAACUUUGUGCAUCGGGGAAUCUGAAAACAUCGACUUUUUAUUACAAGGAGUCCAACACCUAACGUCCUUGUGUGAAUUGAGAAUUUUGAGAUGUACAAAUUUGAAGUCCUUGCCGCUCAAUUUGAAAAACUUGAAAGGAUUAAAGCAUCUGGAAAUUGGCACCUGUGCUCAUGUUGAUUUGAGGGAAUGGGAUGACGAUGAAGACAUUAAGUUGAGGCUUCAAUCAUUGAUUCUUUUUGAGUUACCACAGCUGGUGACAUUACCUUCAUGGCUUCAAAGUUCUUCAAAGACAUUACAAUCAAUCAAGAUCAAUGCUUGUCAAAACUUUUCAUCUUUGCCUGACUGGCUCCAGAAUCUUACAUCGCUCAGACGACUUUAUAUCGAAAGUUGUCCUCGACUGUGCAAACUACCUAGAUGGAUACCUCACCUGACUGCCCUGGAAAGUUUGACGAUCAAAUCCUGUCAAGCACUGAGUGAAAGAUUCAAAGAGAAAACAAACGAGGAUUGGCAAAAGAUAGCUCAUGUCUCAAAUGUUCGUCUGUAUGAUAUUGACAUAUAGAUCUCAUCCACUGGUUAGCUGAUUGUCAAGCAAAGGCAGGUGCAGAGGGUCUUACUUAUGAUGCCGUUGAAGAGCUCUUCCAAGGUCAGCUAAAGGACUUGAUAGUUAGACAGACUGGCUCUUCCAAGGUCAGCUAAAGGACUUGAUAGUUAGACGGGCUGGCUCUUCAGCAGUUGUAUUUUUUUUAUACAUAAAAAGUGUUAUUUUCAGGUUGGAAACAGACUUUCUCUCAAUUUACCAUGUUGUCAUAUACAUAUGAGACACUUUUGUUGAUCCAGAUGUACCAAAUAAAAAAUAAAAAAAAAACUGUUUUCUGUGCUCA